AUGGGCAUGCGAAUAGACAUCAAGCGCAAGCUUUUGUCGCGCUCAGACCGCGUCAAAAGCGUUGAUCUUCAUCCAACGGAACCUUGGGUUCUUGCAAGUUUGUAUAACGGCCACGUUUAUAUUUACAACUACGAGACGCAGGCGCUUGUCAAGACAUUUGAAGUAACUGAAACACCUGUCCGUGCUGCCAAGUUCAUUGCACGAAAGAACUGGAUUGUCACCGGCUCCGAUGAUUCGCAGAUUCGCAUUUUCAAUUACAACACCCAUGAAAAGGUUGCCAGCUUUGAGGGUCACCCUGACUAUAUUCGCUGUCUCGCUGUGCAUCCCACACAACCACUUGUUCUUUCCGGAUCCGAUGAUAUGACCAUUCGCUUGUGGGAUUGGGAGAAGGGUUGGAAGUGUGUCCAGAUAUUUGAAGGCCAUUCGCAUUUCGUCAUGCACUUGACCUUUAAUCCAAAGGAUUCCAACACUUUCGCUUCGGCUGGUCUGGACGGUGUCAUCAAAGUAUGGUCACUCGGUUCGAACGUGCCCAACUUUACCUUGGAAGGGCACGAGAAGGGUGUCAAUUAUGUCGACUAUUACCAUGGUGGCGAUAAGCCCUAUUUGAUCUCGUGUGCUGAUGACAACCUGGUGAAAGUGUGGGAUUAUCAAAACAAAAACUGCGUUCAAACGCUUGAAGGCCAUAGCCAAAACGUCAACUUUGCUUCGUUUCAUCCCGAACUCCCUAUCAUCAUGUCUGGUUCUGAAGAUGGGACUGUCAGAAUCUGGAACUCGGAAACGUACCGUCUUGAGAAUAGCUUGAACUAUGGUUUGGAACGCGGUUGGUGCAUUGCGUACCAAAAGGGUGGCAACAAUGUGGCGCUGGGUUUCGAUGAAGGUUCCGUCGUGCUCAAACUGGGUAGAGAAGAGCCUGCUGUUUCGAUGGAUACGUCAGGCAAAAUUAUCUGGGCCAAGCAUUCCGAAAUUCAAACGGCAAAUGUCAAGACCGGCGUUGAUGCGAGCGCCAAGGAUGGUGAACGUCUUGCCCUGCCAAUCAAGGAUCUGGGUAGCUGCGAAGUGUAUCCUCAAACGCUCCAACACUCUCCAAACGGUCGUUUUGUCGUUGUGUGCGGUGACGGUGAAUACAUCAUCUACACAGCAUUGGCCUGGAGAAACAAGAGUUUCGGCAGCGGUAUUGGAUUUGCUUGGGCUGCUGAUUCCAAGGCUUAUGCCGUUCGUGAGUCCACCUCGCGUGUCAAGAUUUUUGUCAACUUUAGAGAACGCACCGGUCUUCUUCCUAAGCUCGGCUAUGCAGCUGAGGGCAUCUUUGGCGGUCCCUUGCUUGGUGUUAAGGCGAAUGGCUUUUUGAACUUUUACGACUGGGAGACAGGUGCUGUUGUCCGACGCAUCGAUGUAGAGGCAAAGAGUGUAUUCUGGUCCGACGCUGGCGACCUUGUUGCUAUUGUCUGUGAAGAAUCCUUCUACAUUCUCCGAUACAAUGCUCAAGCUUAUGCUCAAUUUGUGGAAAGUGGAGGCGACCCUGGUUUGGAAGGUGUCGAAGAAGCAUUCGAAUUCGAAAAUGAUAUUACUGAGAGUGUAAGAACAGGUACCUGGGCUGGCGACUGCUUUAUCUACACCAACAGCGCUAACCGCCUCAACUACGUCGUCGGUAACGAAACCUAUACCAUCAGCCAUUUCGAUAAACCCAUGUACCUCCUUGGUUAUUCUCCACGAGACAACUUGGUCUAUCUUGCCGACAGAGAUGUCAAUGUAUACAGCUAUGCCCUCUCGUUGACCGUGAUCAAGUAUCAGACAGCCGUAUUGCGCAGCGACCUUGAAUCUGCUGCUUCACUUUUACCUGAAAUUCCAGCAGAUCAAAGGGGCCGCAUUGCACGAUUUUUGGAAGCACAAGACCUCAAGGAAUUGGCGCUGGAGGUAUCAACAGACGCAGAACAAAAGUUCGAUUUAGCUAUCCAAUUGGGUAAACUGGACAUUGCCACAGAAAUUGCACGUGAGCUUGAUAACGAAGCCCGAUGGAGAAAUCUGAGCGAUGUUGCCUUGACAAACUGGAAAUUCGAUUUGGCCGAAGAGUGUCUGCAAAAAGCAAAGGAUCUCAGCGGUCUUUUACUCUUUUAUACUGCCAGUGGAAACCGUGCCGGUUUACGGGAAGUGGCAGAUCAAGCGUUGGAGCAAGGCAAAAACAACAUUGCUUUCUCGGCAUUGCUUGAGCUGGGCGCAAUACCCGAGAUGAUCCAGCUAUUGAUCAAAACCGACCGUCUCCCAGAAGCUGCUAUGCUUGCAAGAACAUAUGCCCCCGACAGCAUGUCAUCCAUUGUAAAACAGUGGAAGGCAGAUUUGGAAAAGAAGAACCGCAAGAAAACAGCCGAAAGUUUAGCUGAUCCAGCAGAAUACGCCAAUCUGUUUAACGAAAUACAAAAGACUGACAAUACCGCAGACAAUCAGCAAGAGGCAACCCUUGUGGAUACCUCAGCUCCAGUUUAA